AUGGUAUGCUUUGCAAGCCAGACCGAGUUGUUGGGGUGGCUUGGUUCCACCACAUGCCGCCAGGCAAUGCAAUUGCUUGAGAGCAUGCGUUUGAGUAUGCCAGAUGUAACUGCCAUGCAACGCAUGAGUCAGAUGCAAGGCGGUGGCAGCUUUACCUUACCGAAAGGGCCGGAGGAGGUGGUGCGGACCUUAUGCCAGGUGGCGCCCGAUGCGGGGCGGCCUCCACCCGAGGUGGUGGGUGCUGCCCUCAAGGCGGCGGGCCUCCCUGCCACUGACGAGAACUUGGAGAAGGCGCUGCGAGAAGCGAAAGGCUGUGCUCCAAGCAGUGAGGACAUGAUCGCCGCCCGCAUGGCUGCAGAGCACUACGGCGCGCAGCCGUCAGGCUUUGGCACCUCCAGCAGCAGCAUUCCGCCAACGGCAGGUUCAGGCUACUGCGCCGCAGUUGGAAGCACCAGUCGCCCAAGCAGCGGCCCCAAGCCUGAGGAUGUCAUUCAGGCACUGCUCCAAGCGGCACCGGGCCUUGGGCAGCCACCCCCAGAGGUGGUCGGGAUGGCCUUGCGCCAGGCUGGAGUCUCAGUGAAUGAGGACACCGCGCGGCGAGCCUUGGCCGCUUCCGGCGACCGGACCCCCUCGCAGCACGCCAUCCGCAUGGUGUUGGCUGCUGGGUGUCUUUACAAGACGAUUCUUCUCAGUGAGGAGCUGAAUUGCAGGUGUUCAGGUGGCCCCACUGAUGCAGCUGUGGGCGACUUCACCAAGGAAGAAUGGCUGGCGGGAGCUGCGCUGGCGCGCUUGGUAAAUGGCAGCGGACAUUUGCAUUGGCGCUUUGCUCGCACUGGUUGGCUUGUGGGCAGCAUGAGUCUUGAGCACAUGGACGAGGCCUUGCUGGAAUUUGCUCAGAGCGGCUGGAUACCUCCUGCUGGGAUCCUCUUCUGGCAUGGUUUGUGCCGCAAGGUUCUCAUGCAGUCGAUGAGCUUCUAUAGAGCUUGGGCCAAGUUGCUGGAGGCAGAUGGACGAAACCAGAACGCCUAUAUCAAAGCAAUCCUCCAAGCAGGGCUUGCUUUGACCACGUACUUCCUUGCCAAGGAUCCCAAGGAGCCCACGUAUGAGCAAGAGAGGCAGGUGGCCAUGCUGCAACGUUCGGUCAUUGCUGCCAACUCCGGCAGUGCGUCAAAUCCAUGCACCUGCCAGUUGUUCUACCAGUCCAUGCUUCGUCAAGCGGUAAAUUUCUGGAAAUCAUCCUUCAAGCCUCAACAUGUGCGUCAGGGCCCCUCAGGCGACGAGCACCAUGAUGCAGCUUUGGAGCUUUUGGUGCAAAGGGUCAGCCCAUGUACCAUCUUGGAGGAGCACAGUUGGAGUUUGUUUGUGCCACCAGACGAGGCCCUGUUGUUGCCUCAAGAUGACCCACUCAGCGGUGUGUUUGCUUGCUUGCCAAAGCGCAUCAUCACCCUGACAGUUUGUGGACAGUAUUGGCUCUACAAACACGAUGCGCCAAAAGCUCGGCAGUACUUCUUUGAAGCAAGCAAGAUGCUGAUUUUCAGCAUGGAUUGCUUUGAUGGCGCUCUCCACACCUUUGACGAGAGGAAGGAGAACACCCACCUUCUCACGGUCCCGGAGUUGUUCGCCUACCUCGGCCGGGUGGAUCCAAAAGCUUCGCCUUAUGUGGGAUGGACUGGCGAGAUGAAAGUUUCCUCUGGCAAGUGGCCACCUGACGUUGGACAGCAACGCUCGCUCACUCCUUCGCUCUCGCAGAAUGCAGCGACAUUCCCACCUCUGUGUUUCGGGGUAAAUGGAACACUUCAUUUGCGGGUUGAAGGUUUGAGCGGCAAGAAACUGCACCUGUAUGAUUUCACCGGCACAUGGAGCUUACUUCCAGCGUUUCCACUGGCCUCACUGGCUUCACCCAUGAAAUUUCUGGGCACUCGAGCUGUGCUGAUUUUUGUGGACAAUCCUUCCUGGACCACCUUGGGGCACUGCAUCCAUCACUUGACCGCUGUUGCCUAUGCAACUCUUGGCCUGGCGCUGGCGCAUGGAGGGGUAGAGGAAAUGCUCAAGCUUCGGAAGACGCUUCAGCUGUAUCUCUAUUUUCCACGCAAAGGGUUGCUUGAUGCUGGCUUCCAGGUGAAUCACUUCAAUCAGGUGCAAAGUGUGAUGCUGCCAUGGCUCCAGAUGUUAUCAGAUCAGCCGCCAGUGCUGAUGUCUGAUCUGCCGGACUCCAUCAACAGUUCAGCUUUGCCCAGACCUCUUCAGGUGGCGGGUCGCCAGAUCGUUUGCCAUCAAGGAGGCUUUUGGACCUCAAGGCACAGCCGCUUGAAAGCGGAAGAGCUUGAAGCCUUCGUCCAGGUGGCGUCCAGCUUUCCGUGGCCAGGGAGAUCUGAAGAAGAGGUCCUACACGAUGUUUGGGGGCACGAUGGUUUUGAUCCACUGGCCGAUCCCUGUGUGCGGCGACAGGCCCGCUGCGUGCGGGUGCUGAUCGUUCGCCGGGGCCAAGCGGCGCAUGGGCGCCGGAGCUUGGUGAACCUAGCGGAUGCGCUGACUUGGAUAUCCCAGACAUAUCCAGCCAAUGAGGUGAGGGUGGCCACGAUUGAGAUGGAGAAGCUUUCACUGGGUGAGGAAAUUGCUGUGGCAAAACUGGCAGACAUUUUUAUUGGCAGCUAUGGCUCAGGGAUGUGGUGGCCGAUCUUUAUGGCGCCCAACUCUUGCGUGGUGUGGCUGACGCCCCAUGUCCACAUGUGGUUUCUCGAGCAGAGAAGCAUCGAUCUAUCUACGCCACACUGGAGCAAUUCGGGUUCCCUGGAGUACGAGAACUUACGCCCCUUGAGGCACGUGGUGGUGCGCGGGGCACUUCCUCCAGAAGGCACCUUGGGACACUUCCAGCUCAGCCUGGAUGAGGAGCGGAGCAAUCACUUGGCAUUUCAAACGCUUGAUAUCUUCCUGGAUCUGCCCAAGUUCGGCAUUGCAUUCAGUGAAGCAGUUGCGAAGUGCCUCUUCCGCAGUUGUGUCCCGCUUGGUGCUGGUUGA